AUGGCACCAAAGUCUUUCAUUUUGGCGCUGGCCGCUGCACAGAGCGCCUUCGCAUACCCAUGGGUUCCUCAAGUGCCUGGGGUCGACUCCUCGAUGCUUCCUACUCGUCGUUCCCCGACGUUGAACACCGUCAGAGAUGGACCCAUGUGCCCAUUCAACGCAGACCAUGUUCCCGCUGCGCCCAUUACGGAGAAGUACCCUUACAUGGGCGCAAAGGACGGCAAGCAAGGGUCGGAGAAGGGUGGUAUCCCUGUGCCCGCCCCUGGCGACACUGAACACGAGUUCCGCAAGCCUAACCCGGCCACCGACAUUCGAGGACCAUGCCCAGGACUCAACGUGCUGGCCAACCACGGCUUCCUCGCCCGCGAUGGUAUCACCACAUACAAUGAGCUCGUCGACGCUCAGCAGAAUGUGUACAACACUGGUUUCGGCCUUGCCAAUCUUCUCGCGAUUGCUGGAGUCGGUCUCACUGGUGACUACAUGGGCACCAACAAGAUGAGCAUUGGCUGUGACGCCACGUCUCGUACUGCUAGCAAAGCGAACCUGUUGGCUUCCGAGCCCGGUCUCAACGGCMACAACAAGUUCGAGGCAGACACCUCUCUUACCCGCAACGACUUCUACCUUGGACAGAACGGAGACGAUUUCAAGAUGAACGCGACUUUGUUCACCAAGAUGAUGGCUGCAUGUGGUGGCACUGACGGCGUGUGCAAUCUGAUCAACCUCGGACACUACCGUGGCAUGCGUUGGGACGAAUCCAAGAGGGAUAACGAGCAUUUCUUCUUCGGACCUGGAUCCCUCCUUCUCUAUGGAGCCGCCUCCUUCCUUUACGAGCUGAUGCCUGGCUCAAGCCACACCGCCAAUGAGGCAACCAUGAUGUCCUUCUUCGGUGCCAGCAAGAACUCCGACGGCAGCUACUACUUCAACGGCGAAGAGAAGUUGCCCGAGAACUGGUACAACCGCAAGACUUCAUACACCAACGGAGUUGGCCGCGAGAUCUUCGCCAUGUACGACAUUGACCCGAGACCAUUCGGAGGCAACGUCGGCAAGGACAACUUCCUCGGCCUCAACCUCGGCAGCUACAUUAAGAACGGUACUCUCGACCCCAACGCCGCCACCAACGGACUUUGUCUCGCGUACACGGCUAUUGGAUUCACCCCUGGCUUGUUGGGCAACACCCUCAACCUCCCGGUGAACCUCGCCAACGCCCUCACCAAGGAUGCGGCUCCCUUCUUGAAGAACUUGGGAUGCCCACUCAACUCCAACGACGGAAGCACCCUUCCUGGUGAGGCGCCGCCGGCAAGCUCGUAA